AGUAGCUAGUAACCUUUUUGACGUUUAAUCAAAAUAUGUUACAUUUUUCUAUAAACAUGUCACAUUUUCACUAAUGUAUCGAAUAAAAACAAAUGGGGCACCGUUUUUAUUCGUGAUGUAGAUUUUUUAACGAAAUAGUGAGUAAAAUAGAACAAAAUAUAUAAAUGACUGGGGGUAAUAUCCUGAUAAAUCACCCGCCCUUAUAUCAUGAACGGGGUGGAACGAUUUUGCCCGCGGGGGUCAGAGACAGCAUGGCCCCCCCAAGCUACGAGGAGGCUAUUAAUCCCAAUGCACCUCCACCUUCAUAUGACUCUCUUUUUGGCAGGGUCAGGGAAGCCCAUAAGUCCAGUAAAGGGGUAUUGGACUUUUUAAAGAAUAUUAUUAUUAUUGUUCUUGGAACACUGGGUUGUACCUUUAUUUUGGGAGUAACUAUAGUAAUUCCAAUAUGUAUGAUAGUUAUGGGUUCCCUUUAUUUAAAUGAUUGUCCACAAGGAGAGUACAUUCCUGUAUAUUUGUUAGUGGGAGGCAUUUUUGGCAUUGUUAAACAACUAUUGGCUCUAUCAACUAGAGUUAGGCAAACCGAAGAAGAAAGACAAGAAGAAAAUUUAAGACAGUCACCAACACAAACUUUACUCAACUGUUUUAUGCUUGGUUGGUUUAUAAUUGGUUCCGUAUGGGUUUAUAAGGAGUACGAGCCGAAUUUCGACCCCACCUCUGGCAAAUAUUGCAAUAAAAAUCUGUACAUGUUCGCCUUUUGGCUCAUAACGUCCGUCUACAUUCUACUAGGCGUCAUAACCGUAUGCUUGUGCUCGAUAAGCGUGGCAACGGUGCUUUUUCACGGCGAACAAAUUAACGACGCCGAAAUUUCCGACAGCGUUUGGUGAACGAAAAAAAAACAAAUCCGCCCUCCAUACUUGCGAUUUUUGUUUGAAAUUUGGCAACGUCCCGUUUUUGAAACGUCGCGUUUUUUAAUACGAAAACGUCGCAUUUUUGUUAAGUAUGAUGGCAACUGUUAAAUUGCAAACAAAAAUUGAGGUAUAGUUUGUUGCAAACCCGAAAAGUUACCAGAAAAAAGUCCAAUAAAUCCACUCUGGUUUGCAAUUAAAACAAAAGGCCUUUUUUGAAAAAUUCGCAACAUGGGUGUAAUUUUUUUUCGUAAUUUCCGAUU